AGAGAUGCUGCUCUGGCUCCGCCGUGGAAUCCAGUCUCAGUGGGCUCAUGCUGAUCGGCCUGUUUGUCACAUUGUCAGCUGCAAGCCUCAAUUGAUUUUGAUCAAUUAUAUUUCCAUAGCAUAGCCCCAAGUUUCCAGAGAAGAUAACAAGAUGAUGUCGAUGCGGAGAAGACUGGCUUGCUGCUCAAGGGACCGAGCGGUCAGCCUGGACAUGGACGAGCAAGAGAGGAUUAUGACUUUUAAUGGCCUGGAGAGUUGCGUUUUAAACAAUCAGACCUAUUAAAAUGAAAGCAGAUCGAGCAGAGCAGAUGAAUGUACAACUGACUCAUUGGAGGAUCAUGAUUCAAGUUGUUCCUCUAGCAAGGAUGCUUGUGGAUCUUUCUCCUCAAAAUGGUUGGGAAUACAUAGAGACGAGCAGGAUUUGGAUGAAUGGGAACUACCAGAAAGCCCUCAGCAUUUUUAUAAGAAAGAGAAACCUGCUUACACCGUUCAGGUUUCAGACGUGGAAGCAAUGAAAGAAAAGUUCACAAAACUAUUGCUGGGUGAAGAUGUUACAGGAGGACAGAAAGGACUCAGCUCUGCCUUGUCACUGUCUAAUGCCAUCACAAACCUAGCGGCUUCGAUUUUUGGAGAGUUAUGGAAAUUGGAACCUCUUUCUGAAGAGAAGAAGAGUAAAUGGAGAAAGGAGAUGGACUGGUUGCUCUCUCCUACCCACUAUAUGGUGGAAUUGGUUCCUUCUAAGCAAAAUGGAACUAGCGGUAGAGUGAUGGAGAUAAUGACCCCAAAGGUUCGGGGAGACAUCCACAUGAACCUUCCAGCUCUCCAGAAGUUAGACUCCAUGUUAAUUGGAACACUGGAUUCAAUGGUAAAGACCGAGUUUUGGUAUACAGAAGUAGGUAGCAGGGCUGAAGGAAGAAACAAGAGUAUGGGCCAAAGCACGAGAUGGUGGCUUCCAUUACCCCAAGUGACAUCAACUGGGCUAUCUGAGAAUGAGAGGAAGAAACUGCUCUACCAUGGCCGGGUUGUGCAUCAAGUAUUCAAAGCUGCCAAAUCCAUAAACGAAAGUAUUUUGCGCGAAAUGCCUGUGCCAACUGUUAUAAGGGAGGCAAUCCGAACUUCUGGAAAGGCAAACCUCAGUGAAGAAUUAUACAAGAUUUUGACAUCAGAAUCUGGUCCAGCCGAGAAAAUGCUGAAUCAGCUUAAUUUGAAAUCGGACCAUGGAGCUCUUGAGGCCAUUAACCGCUUGGAAGCAACAAUAUUCUCCUUGAAAGAGAAAUACACUGAACAAAGUGGCAGUAAAUCUCCAGUUCGAACUUCUUGGCCUUUUGUCAAGGAUUCAAUGGCCGAGAUGGAUAAGUUGAAGUUACUCUCUGAUCGAGCCGAGGUUCUUCUUCAGCUUCUGAAAUCGAAAUGGCCAAAUCAUCCCCAAACAUUUCUUGAUGUUAGUAAAGUACAAUAUGGGAAGGAUGUCGGGCAUUCGCUUCUCGAAGCAUAUUCGCGGGUUCUUGGGAACUUGGCCUAUAGCAUAUUGUCUAGAAUUGGAGAUGUUCUGCAAGAGGAUGCUAUGUGCAACCCCAAUUCACCUGCACCAACAUGUUGUUUUCCAGGGAUGAGUCUGUUGAACAAUCCUAAUGAUUCAAUGGCUGCUCUCCAUACAUGGCAGCCGCUUAUCGGUCACUCGAACAGUCCCGAUAUGACAUUGUCAUCCAAAAAAGUUGAAGGAAACUCUCCGACCUUAACUCCGAGCAAGGACCGAGCAUGGUGCAUUGGUAGAGAGGUUUGUAGGAGUGUCUCCCCUGGAAACUCACCAUAGCCUUAUGAGGAAAUUUUUGUUCCUAUGGGAAUCAGAAAGCAUAUUUUGUGAACUCAUUGUAUAUUGACGGUAAAGUUUAAAAAGCAGUAUAUUUAUAGUUAA